CCCUUGCCCCUGUGGAAAGAUACCCUCCAGUCAAAACUCAACCCCAAUACAGUAUUAAGACAACUGGAGAUGCAAAUUGGUUUCAAAAACUCUUUGCGUCGACAAACAGCAGGCGUUCGGGGAGGAGUCAACUUGCUCUCCCCUCCAGUCAAUUGCUUUCAGGGACUCGCAGUUCAGCGCCGGGCUCAGCAGGGUCCAGCCUCGAACAGCUUGCCCGGCUCCCGAACUUUACGUGAAGUUUUGUGCAAUUCAGGGCUGGGAUUUUCUCUCCCUCCUCCGGCUCCUGGAUUGCUGCCUGUGCUCCGCCUCUCGCCAGCCCUGCUGCGCCCUCCGAUGGAUCUUUGUGGGGUGGGGCGUGGGGGCUGUCUGGCGCCCCCCUCAAGCAACACCCCAGGCAUCCGUCCAGGCCACAUGCCAGUGGAUGCCAACCACCCAAAGAAAGUUAUCCAAGCAAUAUGGGCCUGUGUUCAGCAUUCAGAUGGGAGCUCAGAAAGUGAUAGUGCUGGCAGGGUAUGAGACUGUAAAGGAGGCUUUGGUGAACCAGGCCGAUGCUUUUGCUGGGAGGCCCCUCACCCCAAUGUUUGAAGAAUUUAAUAAAGGCUAUGGUAUCGCUUUCUCUCAUGGUGAGAACUGGAGAGUGAUGCGGCGGUUUGCAUUAACUACUUUACGGGACUACGGAAUGGGCAAGAGGACCAUCGAGGACAGGAUUGUUGAGGAGUGUGGUUUCCUGAUAAAGAGCUUUGAAUCCUAUGAAGGAAAACCAUUUGAGAACACUGCAGUUAUGAACGGUGUAGCUGCCAAUAUUAUAGUGUCAAUAUUACUUGGCAAACGAUUUGAAUAUGACAAUUCAACAUUUAUAAGACUGCUGAGAUUGAUCAAUGAAAAUGUUCGGCUUUUUGGAAGCCCUUCAGUCCAGCUGUAUAACAUGUUUCCUGCUCUGGGCUUCCUGUUUGGAGCUCGCAAGACUAUCCUGAAUAACAGAGAUGAGGUGUAUGCCUUCAUACAAGCCACCUUCAUAGAAUCCCUUAAAGAACUGGAUGCAAACGACCAGAGAAACUUGAUUGAUUCUUUCCUUAUUCGGCAGCAAGAGGAGAAGACCCAGACUAAUGGGUUUUUCCAUAAUGAAAACCUUCAGGCUCUGGUCGGUAACUUAUUUGCUGCUGGCACAGAGACCACUUCAACAACACUACGCUGGGGCCUGUUGUUAAUGAUGAAGUACCCUGAAAUUCAGAGCAAAGUCCAAGAAGAAAUCGCACGGGUGAUUGGGUCUGCUCAGCCACGGACAGAACACCGUGCAAAAAUGCCAUACACAGAUGCAGUAAUCCAUGAAAUCCAGAGGUUUUCUAAUAUUAUCCCAGCAAAUGUGCCUCAUGCAACCACUGUGGAUGUCGCUUUUAAAGGCUAUUCCAUUCCCAAGGGAACUUUUAUCCUCCCGUUGCUGUGCUCUGUGCUGCAAGAUGAAACUCAAUGGGAGAAACCACUUAAAUUCUACCCAGAGCACUUUCUGGACUCUGAGGGAAAGUUUGUAAAGAGAGACGCAUUCAUGCCUUUCUCUGCAGGUCGAAGAAUAUGUGCAGGGGAAACCCUGGCCAAAAUGGAGCUCUUCUUGUUCUUUACGAGUCUCCUCCAGAGAUUCACUUUCCAGCCUGCCCCUGGAAUGUCUAAAGAAGACCUGGACUUGACACCCAUGGUUGGGAUGACGACGCCUCCAGUACCUUACAAGUGCUGUGCUUUGUCACGCUCUUAACAUUCAUCUUGCUUAUUUUCUAUGUGUGCAUCUUCAGUCUUUUCUGCACCUUUUUUCGGCUGAAGACUUUUCAGGACAAUGGCCUUGGAGGAAUCAGAUCAUAAGAUUACAUCCAGCCAGCUUUUUCACUCAGUCUGGCUUAGUACGUUUUCAGUCCCUUGUGGCUUUCAUCCAUGCCUGUCCCAUGAUGCCCAGCAUAGCCUUCUGAAUGUUCAGAGUGGGCCCAUUUUUUACUAGUUCAAAAGUUGGUUGGAUCCAACUCAUAAUCAUGAUCUUAAGCAUCCUCUCUGCCAUAAGUAGCUCUGAGACAUUGAUGAACUCAAAAUUUGGACAUCAUCAAGAUGACAUUUGAACCUCAGCUCUUGUUUGUUUUGAUGUACAUGGAAAAAGGAAUAAUAAUUGUGAUGCUGUCUUUUCUUGUAUUCACACAUUAAUGAUGUCUUUGAAUCAACACGCUAAUCAACUUAACAGCUAUUUACAAGUGUCAGCAACAGAAAAGAAAUCUAUGCACUUAUUAAUGUGGUUUGAAUGUUAGUGUUUUUCAAGAAAACAAAAUUGCUCCAUGAAUCACUACAACCAAUAGAUUUGCUUAUCUGUUCACCUCAUUCUGGAAUCCAUGUGAGUGGUUAUAUUGCUUUAAGUAGUCUGAUAAAUAUAGAUGAUUGCAGCUCACUGAAUGAGUCAGUAGACCCAAAGUUCUGCAGGAAAUUCAGUAUACUGUUUUGUUUCCCCCGCACCCCCCCCUCCUUUCUGUGUUGGCGUCCCCCCCCCCCCCCGCUUUUUAAGCCAUUGUUUUUUGGGAGGGGGGAUAUUGCAGCAAUUUUGUUAAGGGUGAAUUUGUCUGUAGGCAGUGGAAAUGGGGAAAGUAGAAGAAACACAGUGUCCACGGAUUCCAUUAUUAUGUCCAAAGGUCAUUGGUAGAUGAUCUAUGGCUGGUGGAGUUGACAGUAGAUGGCACACGAUAAUUUUCUGGUUGCAGAGAUUCAAGGUUGAGAACCACCAAUCUAAGCAACAACAGUCAGUUCAAGUUACUUAUGUUAUGAACAGGACAGAGACGUCCCAGCAGAAUCAGCAUCUGUCUUAGGUGGAGUUCAUAUCCUCCACUGCUCAAAAGAAAGACAGAGUGGACUACAGCAGUGGAAGCCAGUAACUGGGCAGGGAGAGCUGCAGACCAUCAUGUCUGGGAUGUUGAGAGCAGAGAGAGCAAUCUGGAAACCCUCUCAGAGGAUGGCACUGCUGUGGGAGGGAACACAUAUGGGAUUGCUUCCACUUUUGCAGGUGCAUCUCUAUCUAGUAAGCUCUGGCCUUGGAGUUCCGUGGCUGGGAAGGGCCUCCAGGCUGGACAUUUCUGACUCUCCUGUUUCACAUGUAGUGGUGGGGAUCUUGCUGUCAUAUUAUCAAGGGUCUUGGCACCUUUUCUUCAGAACUGUCGUCUUCUGUUCCUGGCAUGUCUCCAAUAAAAUCCUUGAACCCAG